UCUAUUGGGCAAGCAGCGGGGGUCUUACCGACUCCUUCUCUUUCCAACGAUUUCAAGGGUGGCGGCGAAGAGAGAGAGAGAGAGAGAGAGAGGUGUGCAUCCUGCUGUGGCUCAUGCAAAUAGAAGACAUCCGAGAAAAUUGACUAUGGUAUAUUUGAAAACGACAGGGGGUGUCUGUCUUGGAGAAUAAGGAAUGAAGGAGGACAAAUAGAGGAUAGCUGCAGAUUCAGCCUCUUUCUUUCCUCAGUUGGUGCCGAGAUUUCCGGUUUCCUGCUUGUUUCACCCAAACCCUUCAGACUCACUCGCAAAGAAGCAUAAUAGACUGCCAUCACCCGCAAAUUUCCUCUUCUCCUCUGACGUUUUGUGGCUGGGCUCCUUCUGGAAUUGUGCCGUAUGUCAGGGGAAUCCAGUUGAGGAACUUAGCGGGAAGAGGGUGUUCUCAUGGCGGACGAGAGCCUUCGACCGCAGAGGAAGGAGUGGCCUAUGAAUCUCAUCAAGAUCUUCAUGCUCUUCGUUCUCUUGGGCGCCGUCUUGACUCUGCUCAGCAUGCGUAUGACUCGCUACUUCGGCAUUCAGACAAUGUUCUACCAGAACGUGUCGCUGCCGUGCGUGGAGAGGGAGAUGCCCAACAACCUAGAUCAUUGGAUCAGACCCACCGACCGCUUGAUGCACACCAUGACGGACGAGGAGCUCUUUUGGAGAGCCACUUUCGUGCCUCGCAUAAGGAAGUACCCCUACAGAAGGGUUCCCAAGGUAGCCUUCAUGUUCCUCACCAGGGGCCCUCUGCCUCUAUACCCUCUGUGGGAGCGCUUCUUCCAAGUGCCUCGAGGCCUGUAUUCAAUCUACAUCCAUUCGUUGCCUUCAUAUCGGGUCGACUUCCCACCUACCUCGGCCUUUUACGGGCGGCAGAUCCCAAGCAAGGAGGCUGAAUGGGGACAAAUGAGCAUGUGCGAUGCAGAGAGGCGGCUGCUGGCAAAUGCUUUGCUUGAUCUCUCGAAUGAAAGAUUCGUUCUUCUGUCAGAGUCGUGCAUUCCAGUGCAUAACUUCACCACAGUUUACACACACUUGAUGAGAUCCAAGCACAGCUUUCUUGGGGCUUUUGAUGACGGUGGGCCAUAUGGUAGGGGGCGUUAUAAUGAAAAUAUGGCCCCCGAAGUCAACAUUACUCAGUGGCGUAAAGGUUCUCAGUGGUUUGAAGUGAAUCGCAAGCUUGCACUGGCCAUAGUUGAAGAUGUUAUGUACUAUCCGAAGUUCCAGAAUUUCUGUAAACCACACUGCUAUGUGGAUGAGCAUUACUUCCCCACCAUGCUUUCUAUCAAAGCACCCCAACUGCUUGCAAACCGAAGCAUUACCUGGGUUGACUGGCAUAGGGGCGGUCCUCAUCCUGCUACAUUUGGCCGUGGUGAUAUCUCAGAAGAAUUCUUGAAGGGAAUCCUUGAUGGCCAUACCUGUCAAUACAACAAUCAGUCAUCUUCCAUAUGCUUUCUCUUUGCUCGCAAAUUUGCACCUAAUGCGCUGGAGCCUCUCUUAGAGCUUCUUGCUCCAACAUUUUAGACACCAUGGGGCCAUCUGCAGUGAACCUGUCAUAUAUUCAAGAAGCCUCUGUUGCAGGGUCAACGGAGCUAAUGAUAUGCUUGUGCCAGCCUGUUGAGAUGCUGCCUGAGUUGCAUAUCCAUGCAAGAGCUUGGGAUGAGAGUUGUGCAUCAUAUUUGCUAUUUAUUUGGAGUAGAUCUUCUUGAGAUGGUCUUGCAAUGAUGCUGGCUAUUGGAGAUGUCCUCCUUUAUUUGUUUAGGUCAUCUAUUCUUCGAUGAUGCAUGCAUCGGUUUUACUGAUUGGUUUCUUUGACAUCAGACUCGACUUCUGUAAAAAUCUAGAGUCUUCUUCGUCUGUACAAAAACAAAGAGAAAUACAGAUCCAAUAAGAGUUUUGAUACUAACAAAAUCCCCAGCAUUUGUCCAAUCCUGACAUUUAAUUUGAGGUUUUUUAGUUUGAGCAAAAACUUUAUUGCUUUGACAUG